AUGACAGCACCAAAGCAAGCAAUGCAAAAUCGAAAUGAAAACGCAGUAAAACAAAAUACACCUAAAACAAAUCAAACAACGAAAUGCAACCUAAAAACAAUGCAAAAAACAGUGCAACCCACCUAUAACGACAACACCAAAGCAGGCAUGGGUGUUAGUUAUGCAGCAGCAAAGAAAAAGAUACUUAAAACACCUGAAACAAAUCAAAACGAUGAAAUGCAACCCAAAGAACGGCGAAACCCACCUAUAAUGACAACACCAAAGCAAAAGGCGCAAAAUCGGCACCAACAACAAAUGGUUAUUAGUUAUGCAGCAGCAAAGAAAAAAACACCUAAGACACCAAAUAAUGAAAUGCAACCCAAAGACAAUCAAACGAAUG